AUGGCACGAUACAAACGAACCCCAAGGGACUACCGCACUGAAAACAGUUCGGAGGUCUACAUCUGGUUCUUGGACAACUUUCCAACUCUCCUAGACGCAAUCCAUGCUUACAAGCGAGGCACACUCCCUCUUGGCGAAGCCGGCCGCACAGUAGGAUUGCUCUUGAUAGCCUCAAUGGCGCUCACAUCCCAGGUUCUCCAGCCACCUCCUCCUGAUUCUCCUCAUUUCACAAGUAUCAAGAACGAGUUAUACACGUGGCUUAUCAGACAAGGAUUAAACGCCAGCGCCUUGCGCCUCGAACGAAAGUUCAUGGAUGAAUUUGCUCGUGCCGCGGAGCACUACGUCGAUAAGAAAGUUGACCGCAAUGUCCGAUACAGCGUGGUCGAGGCAGAGAUGGAGGAUCCCGCGAGAUGGACCCAGGAAACUGCCUGGCCAGCAUGGGAUCAGUUCAACAUGGACUUAUUCGACGUUUCGCGGGAACAUCUCUUUGGCCCGAAUGCCCCGAACAACGAGGAUACGGACAACUUCGUUGACGCUAUCAAAACGACUUGUAGCAACGAAAACGAGGACAUAGAGUAUCCACGAUACAUUGGCUCGUGGGUGGAAGCCGCUCCAGAUGAUACUGCCGUUGAAUAUCGACCAACCGGAAAUCCGAUCCCUCGAGAAAAGUUCUGUCAUUCCUACCGAACGUUACCGGAAGAUUGUGGGGUAUGCCAGGAGGAGAUCACGCAGGCUGAAGCGGAAGCCGGUGGGGUCGUCUCGACGUUAUGUGGACAUCUGUUCCAUGACGAGUGCUUGUAUCAAUGGGUGAAUGGGUCUGCUAUGAGUAAGGCGAAUACUUGCCCAGUUUGCCGGACGGUACUGUGCGAGGCUCGGGAUAGGGAGCAUGAACCUCAGUAA